AUGACCGUGGUCCAGCGACUACCAACAUUCUACACAGCGAAACCGUCUCUUUACCGUGCUCGCCGCAAGCAGACUCCUCCACUACCAAAGACUUUGGCCGACAUCACCUUGGAUGGAAGAUGGAUAGAAGCAUCUACAGGCGAACCAUUUCUCCUCUUUGACGACGGUGAACAGAACAACAGGAUGAUCGCAUUCGCUUCGUCGGAGAACCUGGCCGAACUUGCAGCAUCUGACACCUUCUUCUGUGACGGAACUUUCUACAACUGUCCAACAAUGUUUCAUCAGAUUUUCAGCGUCCAUGUACAGAAUGAAGGCACCAUGACACCAGUCGUAUACGCAUUACUUCCCGGAAAGAGCCAGGCAAUCUACAGCCGUUUCUUCACCCUUCUCCAGGAUCACAUGGCACACUUCGACAUUCCAUUCCGACCCACUACAGCCUUCGUCGAUUUUGAAGUAGCUGCACACAAUGGAUAG